AUGACAGCGAUCGCAAUCUGGUGCUCGUUCGAACGAAGAAGGGAAUUGCGCGAACAUCGAUCACAUACGCCAGUGCUUGCCAACGCCAAGUUCUCCAAAGUCAAGGACCCCGCGCUCAACACAGAUCUGCUGGACAUGGAACGGAAGAUGAUUGCCAAGAACUACAAGUUCGGCAUCCUCUACGUCAAGGAGGGCCAGACCAAGGAGAACGAGAUGUUCGCCAACGUCGAGACCUCUGCGGCCUUCGAUGAGUUCCUCGAGUUCCUGGGCAACCGAAUCGUGCUGCGGGACUGGAAGGGCUUCCGAGGCGGCCUCGACGUGAACAGGGACUCUACGGGAACACACAGUGUACAUACCCGGUUCAAGGACUUCGAGAUCAUGUUCCACGUAUCCACACUUCUGCCCUUCAACCCUGCAGACGAACAGCAGCUCGAACGUAAGCGACAUCUGGGCAAUGACAUCGUGGUCAUCAUCUUCGUCGACGGAUCCACGCCCUUCUCUCCAAGCCUCCUCAAAUCAGAAUUCAAUCAUACGUUCGUCGUGGUGCAACCACACGCAUCACCACAGGACGACGGCAAGACAUUCUACAAGAUCGGGUUUGCCGACAAAGUGGGCGUGCGGUCGUAUGCGCCUCUUCUGCCAGACCCGCCAGUGUUUGAGAAGAAUCAAGCCUUCCGUCACUGGUUCAUGACCAAGCUGGUGAACGCCGAGCGAGCGUCGUUGCACGCUCCGGGCUUCAAGGGCAAGAUACAGCGUACGCGCAUGCUCCUGUUGAAGGACAUGAUCGAGAAGUACUGCAAGAAGGACAUCAUGCCCAACGCCGACUCCUUCUCCAUGGGCUGA